CUCCGCAGGGGCCUGACUGGUGAGGCUUCUGCAGUGAGGAAACAGGGCAGGCUGACCCGGUCAGGCAGGCGCUGUGCCCGCGGACUGGGCAGGGGCUCGGGGGCCGCCCGCCGGGCGAGCCCCAGACAUUUAGAAGAAGUGAAAGAAUGACAGAUCACUGGGCUCCUGAGAGGGUUAUCCUGCCGUAGGCUGGCUAUAAAAAUGCUAUUGGCCAUCUCUCGGCAAGGCCAAAGUGCAGGCAGGAUGUCUUCUGUCUCUGUGCAGUACAUUUGUUAUUUCGGCUGAGAGGAAGUAAGCGGCACAUCUUUCCAGAGCAAGGAUGGAGCAGCAGCCUGAGAUCAAGAAGGAAGGGAGGCUGACACUGGUGCUCGCCCUGGCGACGCUGAUCGCUGCCUUUGGGUCGUCCUUCCAGUAUGGGUACAAUGUGGCCGCUAUUAACUCCCCUGCCGAGUAUAUGAAAGAAUUUUAUAACGAGACCUACUAUGAUAGGACCAGUGAUUACUUGAGCGACUUCUCCUUGACCCUUCUGUGGUCCAUUUCUGUGUCCAUGUUCCCCUUUGGAGGCUUCAUCGGAUCCCUCAUGGUCGGCCCCUUGGUGAAUAAAUGUGGCAGGAAAGGGACCUUGCUGCUAAACAACGUCUUCUCCAUUGUGCCCGCGAUCUUAAUGGGAAGCAGCGAAAUCGCAAAGUCUUUUGAGAUGAUAAUUGUGUCCAGACUUCUGGUGGGCAUCUGUGCAGGUCUGUCUUCCAACGUCGUCCCCAUGUACUUAGGGGAGCUGGCCCCCAAGAACCUGCGGGGGGCCCUGGGGGUGGUGCCCCAGCUCUUCAUCACCGUCGGCAUCCUCGUGGCCCAGAUCUUCGGCCUCCGGAGUCUCCUCGCAAACCUGGAAGGCUGGCCCAUCCUCCUCGCCAUCACGGGAAUCCCAGCGGCCCUGCAGCUCCUGCUCUUGCCCUUCUUCCCUGAGAGCCCCAGGUACCUGCUGAUUCAGAAGAAAGACCAACAGGCUGCCAGGAAAGCGCUACAGAGGCUGCGCGGCUGGGACGACGUGGAGGCCGAGGUGGAGGAGAUCCGACAGGAGGACGAGGCCGAGAAGGCCGCGGGCUUCAUCUCCGUGAUAAAGCUGUUCAGGAUGAGGUCCCUGCGGUGGCAGGUCAUCUCCGUCAUCAUCCUCAUGGCCGGCCAGCAGCUGUCAGGAGUGAACGCGAUCUACUACUACGCAGACGAGAUCUACCGGAGCUCAGGGGUGCAAGACAACGAUGUCCAGUAUGUGACGGCGGGCACGGGCGCUGUCAACGUGGUGAUAACCAUGUGCGCCGUGGUCGUGGUGGAACUUUUGGGAAGGAGAUUCCUGCUGCUCCUGGGCUUCACCACCUGCUUCACCGCCUGCUGCGUGCUGACCGUGGCUCUGGCUCUGCAGAACACAGUAUCCUGGAUGCCUUACCUGAGCAUCACCUGCGUCAUCGUCUACGUCAUAGGACACGCCCUGGGGCCCAGUCCCAUCCCCGCGCUGCUGAUCACUGAGAUCUUCCUGCAGUCCUCCCGGUCGUCUGCCUUCAUGGUGGGGGGCAGCGUCCACUGGCUCUCCAAUUUCGCCGUGGGCUUGCUCUUCCCCUUCAUUCAAGAGGGCCUUGGAGCGUACAGCUUCAUCAUCUUUGCUGCCAUAUGUCUGCUCACCACCGUCUACGUGUUCCUGGUUAUCCCCGAGACCAAGGCCAAGACGUUCAUGGAGAUCAACCAGAUUUUCGCCAAGAAGAAUAAGGUGUCAGAGGUGCACCCAGAAAAGGAGGAACUGGAGGACCUUCCACCCUCCACGUUGGAGCAGUAACUCAAGAGGAGGAGCCUGUUAAGGGGGUCUGUGCGGAGCUCCCUUCGUGGGGCUUUUUCCUGACUACGAGCUGUCUGUAAAUAUCCAGAACUAGGACAAGGCCAGUGUGGAACGCAGGCCCCGUGGGGCGGCCCGCAGGGCUCCUGUGCGUCCUCAGGGCUGGGCUGCCUCUCCCCAGACGGACCUCCCAUCGACCCUGUACCCCCGUGAGCGGCAGGCUGGCCGUUGCAUGCCUCCUGUGACAACAGCCCUUGCACCCUCACUGUGGCGGUCAGACAGAAGGAACCAAAUCUGGCCAGAGAAACCGACUCUGCUCCAUCCCAUGGGCCUUCCAGGGGCCGGGGGCGUGUGUGCAGAGCAGAACUCAUUGUCUUGUGAGAUCCGUCUCCAGAGUCACCACCCUUGGCUAGUGUGAUGUCACGAGUAAUGAUGUCUAGGAAGUUGGAGAACAGGUCCCUAUGGAGACUUUAACAAAGUCAGAGAUGAUUAAUCCUAAAUUAUAUUGUUAGAGGACAGUGGAGUUGCUUCUGUACACUCAAUAAAACAAACAUGAUCGCUCU